AAUGUUGGGCUUUCCCUCUCUUGAAAACUGCAUAUACAUGCAAAUUUUGCUAUAACGCAUGUAGUAUGCGACUAGUGAAACUUGUAAAGUGUUGUAUCAAAUGUGCAUAGCGAAAAAAGAUAUAUUUGUGAUGAUGUGCUUUGGAAAGAAAUCUAAAAGCCACAACACUGGAACGUCCCACUGGCUAGACCCUCGCCUGGCAAGAGUACGGAAACACUCUCUCGGAGAGUGCGGUGAAGAUGAACUGCCUUAUGGCUGGGAACGAGUGACGGACGAACGAUACGGGUCAUAUUAUGUAGACCACAUAAACAGAAGAACUCAGUACGAGAACCCUGUAUUGCAGGCUAGACUGAGAGCCAAGAACGCAGCGGAGAACAAUGCCAACAACAAGCCCAAUGGAGGGACGCCUACAGGAGAACUCAGAGGCGAGAGGUUCACUCUCUCACUCACUAAAGGCACUCAGGGCUUGGGCUUCACUCUCAUCGGCGCUGAAGGCAUUCCAGAAACAGAAGGCUACCUCCAGAUACGCAGUAUUGUGCCCCACAGUCCAGCUUGGAUAGACGGAGCUCUCCGUCCCGGCGAUGUAGUGGUAGGCGUCAAUAACCGAGCGGUCCGUGGAUUAUCGCACGCGCACGUCGCGCAGAUAUUCCAGUCCAUAGCUCCAGGGUCUGACGUCACGCUACAUCUUGUCAGGGAAGAAGAAGAACCUUGCCUCCUUGCUGAUAUAAAGCAAGUUCAUGUCAACAACCGAGCCGUCCGGGGACUGUCGCACGCGCACGUCGCGCAGAUAUUCCAGUCCAUAGCUCCAGGGUCUGACGUCACGCUACAUCUUGUCAGGGGUUACCCGCUAUCGUUCGACUCCGAAGACCCGAACACUCGAGUUCUAAGUACUCUUGCGGUGGACGCCACCACUCCUGCCACCUCCGACGCGGUCGCUAUGCAGCAGUUAACCAGAGCCCUGAGGACCAGAUUCAACCUGGACUCUCCCAACCAUGUAGACCCGACCCAGGGUCGUGACGAGACGGACAACUCUCCAGUGACGCCUCACAGUCCCACCCAGCGACGUCUGAUGUCCCGGUCCUUUGACCUGGAUGCCCAGGGACCGCGGCCUUUCUUAGACGAGAGCGAGGGACCACCUGUGCCCCGCUGUCCCUCUGCUGACCAUCUACUAUCGCUGGCUACAGGUAAUCUACUCGUAGAUGCUAUGGAAACAGACAACUCUCACAGUCCCACACAGGGGCGUCUGAUGUCCCGGUCCUUUGACCUGGACGCCCAGGGACCACGACCUUUCUUAGACGAGAGCGAGGGACCACCUGUGCCCCGCUGUCCUUCUGCUGACCAUCUACUAUCGCUGGCUACAGGUAAUCUACUCGUAGAUGCUAUGGAAACAGACAACUCUCACAGUCCCACACAGGGGCGUCUGAUGUCCCGGUCCUUUGACCUGGACGCCCAGGGACCACGACCUUUCUUAGACGAGAGCGAGGGACCACCUGUGCCCCGCUGUCCUUCUGCUGACCAUCUACUAUCGCUGGCUACAGAGCACCAACCUCGCGGUCUAGGCAGCGAGGCGGGUCGAGAACUACUACUGACGCUGCGGCGCGGCGCGGCGGGCUUCGGCUUCACCAUCGCCGACAGCGUGCAUGGGCAGAAGGUCAAGAAGGUAUUGGAUCGCAGCAGAUGCGCAGGAUUGCGGGAAGGCGACCUUUUGCUACAAAUAGGCGACACAGACGUCCGACAUUCGCCGCACCAACACGUGGUCCAAGUGCUAAAGGAAUGCCCGGCGAUGCACGAGACUACCCUCCGAGUGUGGCGCCGUAAUACCGCGCGCGCGCCGCGCAGCCGCUCGGCCACGAGGCUUCAACCUGCAGCCGCUCCCGCCAGCCAGCUCGGCCGCAGCAAGACGCCGACGGCCGAGCAGCUGCGGGCGCCGCUGCACGCGCCGCGAGACCUCAACAGCAACGUCAACGCAUUGGACGAGAUGAACUCAGUGGACGCCACAUACGCAGUGCCUGACCACAAAGGGCGUGAACGGGAGAGCCUGAUCGACCGGCGCCGCCGGAGUUCUACUCCCGGCGGUCGUUUAACACUGCCCGGCGUAGCGCCUUGGAGCGAACCACAGGACCGUGAACGGGAGAGCCUGAUCGACCGGCGCCGCCGGAGUUCUACUCCCGGCGGUCGUUUGACAUUACCCGGCGUAGCGCCUUGGAGCGAACCACAGGAAAAUCAAUGGCAAGAACGCGAAACCUGGGUGGACAAUUCCAACAUCAGAAACUGGGCGGAAAGUGCCCAGAAAUGGGGCGAGGGCGGCAACGGCAACGGCUGGGCGCCUACCGAGGGCGGCAACGGCAACUGGGCGCCUACCGAAGGCGGCAACGGCAACUGGGCGAACGGCGAGCAGUGGCCCGGCAACUGGGCGGAAGUUCCCACGCCCACGGUGCAUGUUGAUAUGAAUGCUGCUUACUGGAGAGGCAACGCCAGUGUGGCGGAUAGCAGCGACAAUGGAGGUUUCCCAGAAGACGGCAUGCUCCACUCGCCUACCACCGCAGCCAUAGGCGGGCUCUCCGCCCAUAGACAAUCUCCGUCCACCAGCAGAAUGAGGCCGCACUCACCGUCUAACUCCACAGGUCGCCUCCGAAGUCAUUCGCCAUCCAACACCAGCGCUACCGAUCAUCUACUGGCCGGCUCGCCGUCAGGCCGGCUGCAGAGCCGGUCGCCUUCCAACAACUCCUGCGGCCGCAUCAAGGGCGAGCCGCUGAGGCCACCGACCGCUACUGGCCGGCUGCAGAGCCGGUCGCCUUCCAACAACUCCUGCGGCCGCAUCAAGGGCGAGCCGCUGAGGUAUGACAGGCCCCGAGCCACUCAGACACCAGGCCACCGACCGCUACUGGCCGGCUGCAGAGCCGGUCGCCUUCCAACAACUCCUGCGGCCGCAUCAAGGGCGAGCCGCUGA